UUUUUAUGCUCUACGUCUCAUAUCUACAUCUCUUCCCCGUUUAUCUCCAUCAUCUCCAUCUCCCAAGUUCAUCUCUUCCCAUUUAACCUGGUUCAUCUCCAUCUCCCACCCUCGUUCAUCUCCAUCUCCAUCUCCCACUCUUCUCUUCUCUCCCUCAAGCAACCGCCCCUUUCCUCCUCCCCCUCAACUGCACCCACGACCACAACGCCUCUCCUCGAUUCCAAGCUCGGCGGCGGCGGAGGAGGCGCAAGGAUUCCCGUCAGGCUGUUGGGAGAUGUGAUGUUCGGGGUCAACUCGGCAAUCGGGUACAUGCUGAUGCUCGCCGGCAUGUCGUUCAACGGCGGCGUGUUUGUCGCCGUUGAGGUGGGGCUGUCAGCCGGGUACUUGGUGUUUAGAAGCUAUGAUCAGGAUGUGGUCGUUGUUGACAAUCCUUGUGCCUGUGCUUGAAAAAGGGGAAAUCGAAAUUGAAGUUUCAAAAGCAUUUCCGAUUUGGAUCUGGGCCUCUCCUUUGAUUGUUAAUAGUAAUCAUGUUUCUUUAUUUUUCGUUUUUGGUGUUCGACGAUUGGAUCUAGGGAUUCAAUUUUCUUCCGUAUUUGGAGGACCUUCUGCGAUGGGUUCAGUUUAUGGAACAAAAAUUUAAAUACAAA